UGCUUAGCAAGGCAUCAGAGGCACCUAUAAAAACACGUUGGUCCAGUCCCCAGCAUCCUGCCUCUUACUGCCUGCUCUUGCAAGAUGCUGGGAGGACUGGGGAAGCUGGCGGCCGAGGGCCUGGCCCAUCGCACUGAGAAGGCCACUGAGGGAGCCGUGCAUGCUGUGGAGGAAGUGGUGAAGGAAGUGGUGGAGCAUGCCACGGAGACUGGACAGAAAGCCAUUGAUGAAGCCUUGCAGAAAGCCCAAGAGUCAGGAGCCAAAGUGGUGAAGGAAGUCACUGAGAAGGUGACCAGCGCAGUCACAGAUGCCGUCACCCACGCUGCGGAGAACCUGGGCAAACUGGGACAAUGAGCUGCUGGCCACCACAGCAGACCCUCUCUGAAUCUCAAUAAAAAGUCGUGA